AUGGACAAAGAUUACGGUAUGUUUUCAUGCCCCCUCCCCGUCGGAGCCGUGAGUUUGGCAAACAUCCCCGAAGAUCAACUUUCGAAAUACGCUGGCUUGUAUGAAUGCUGUAUCCGGGAAUCUCUGGGAAAUGUCUGUUAUGGGACACGACUCAUCUAUGUGAUACCAGACUACCUUGGCAUCCAAGUCAACAACGGAGACGUCAUCGAGCUAAUCAGCCAUCAAUCUGUGGUGCUUCGUCUGGGACUACACGACCCAAAAGAUACGUUCUCAUGCUCGGUCAAUGGCAGCACAACCCCAGCACCCUUGAAAUUCUCGGCUACAAAGCCGUUGCCUGCAGCUGGGCCAUAUUUGGCUGGGAUGCAAAUUAUGAAGCUGAGAUGGAGAAAGCUCAUCGUGGUAUCGGGCUAUGUUUGU